AUGUCUAGCCUUACCAACACCGUCGCUCAUGCCGUGUCCCUUUUGACCCAGCCCUUAGCCAAGGCCUACCCCCCUCAGACCAUCGUCAAGCUCCAGCUUGUCCUGGAGGCCAACCUCACCGCACUGUACGCCGAGUCCUGGGAUGUCCACCAGCCGAUGCGUGGCUCUGCCCGUCGCUGCCUCGUGCUCUCCCCCGACUGUCUUCCUCCUCGAGCCAUCUACGCUGCCUGCAUCGCCGCUGGCGUCCAGUGGUUCGACUGGAUUGCCCUGCUUGGCGGCAAGGACGUCGAAUUCUUCGUCGACCCUGGUUGUGUCUCGAUGCGUCUGGAGCGUACUGGCCCGGACAGCGAGCUCAUCCCUCUGUGGGUCGCUCAAACGCCUGCUCCCAGGCCCAUCGUCGCCACCUGCGUCCCAAUCCACAUCCCGCGCACGAAGACUAUGGCGCAACAGCUGCUCGAAGACGACGUUGAGUCGGACGAGCAGAUCUUCACCAUGCUGUCCGAUGAAGCCGGCGCCCCGACUUGGUUCACACCCGUCGUCGCAGAGUUCCCCAAGUCCCGGUCCAUUUCUCCGAUCUCGGCUCCUUCUCGGUGCAGCUCGCGGUCCUCCAAUUCGAGCAGCUCGGGUAGCACGUUCUCUUCGGUGGAGUCGUCGCCUUCGAUGUCGGAAGGCCCGCGGAUGUCUCGCAGGGAUCGUGCUCGCCAAGCUCGUGUUUUCAUUGACACGUCUAAGAACGAGGUAACCCCUUACGAUGGUGGCAAGACCACUGUCCUGACGGGUGGUGUGAUGCUCGGUGGCGCACCGAAACCUGCCCGCUCUCGUCACAACAACUCGAACGACGCCUACGGCUGGCGCGUGCGCAUUUGA